UUCAAUAUCACAAAAUUUGAACUUUUCUUUUAAUAAACCUUAUAUAUAUAUAGAUAUUAUAAAAUUUAAAAAUAAAGAAAAAAAUGGGUGUUGAUGGAAACUCAUUUGAAGUAACUCCAGAAACAGAGAGAUUUCUAUGCGAAAGAUUACUAGAUCAAUCCCAACCAAUUUCUGAGCGGUUUCGAGUCCUGUUUUCGCUCCGUAAUCUUCGCGGUCCCGCCCCUCGCAAUGCUCUCAUCCUUGCAACAAAAGAUCCUUCAAAUUUGUUGGCACACGAGGCUGCUUUUGCUCUAGGCCAGAUGCAAGAUGCCGAUGCUAUUCCUGCUUUGAAGCUUGUCCUUAAUGAUCUUUCUUUGCAUCCUAUUGUACGCCAUGAGGCUGCGGAAGCUCUUGGUGCAAUUGGUUUAGAGAGCAAUAUUACUCUUUUGAAGGACAGUUUAGAAUCUGAUCCGGCACAAGAGGUUCGAGAGACAUGUGAAUUGGCUCUUUCCCGAAUUCAGGAGAUGAAGAAUGUUGGUGACGAUCAUCCAUCAUCUGCGGCGGUGGCAUCACCAUUUCUGUCGGUUGAUCCAGCUGCACCUGCUUCUUGUUCUUCGGUACCGGAACUAAGGGAAGUCAUUUUAAAUGAAGAAAAGGGGAUGUAUGAGAGAUAUGGUGCUCUUUUUGGACUCCGCAAUCAUGGUGAUGAUGAAGCAGUUGCUGCCAUAAUAGAAUCCUUGAAUGCAAAGAGUGCUUUAUUGCGACACGAGGUUGCCUAUGUCUUGGGGCAGUUACAAAAUAAAUCUGCUUCAGAUGCACUUUCGAGUGUACUUAAAGAUGUAAAUGAGCAUCCUAUGGUUAGACAUGAAGCUGCUGAGGCUCUGGGUUCUAUUGCAGAUGACCAAUGUAUCUCUCUACUAGAGGAAUUUUCCAAGGAUCCGGAGCCCAUUGUUUCACAGAGCUGUGAAGUUGCUCUAAGCAUGCUUGAUUUCGAACGAUCUGGCAAAUCAUUUGAGUACCUUUUUAUGCAGGCGCCUCAAUUGCAGGAGGCAACAUGAUGGGUUCAUUUCAUUGUGUUUUCUGCCAUUUUUACAUGAGCGCUGAGCUGUUUGAUGCUUGAUGGCUGAUACUGUGUUUGGAUUAACCAUUUGACUGAAUAUGACACGUGUGUUGUACUAUGGACAUAUAACUUUAUUUAGAUGUUGGGUUUUUGUAUAAAAUACCAAGUGGUAGGCUCCUACCAAUAACUUACAAAGUGGAAUUGUCUUCUUAAUUCUUCAGUGCACCUGCAACUUCAUUA